GUCCUAGUUCAUCAUGGCUGCCGUAUGUGCUAGUCUGCACAGUAACGCUCUGCUCGGAGAUUGAGUCUCCGUUUCUUUCAGUGCCUCACAUUUACUGUCUUCGCCCUCGACAUUUCGGCAAACAGUCCCGCUCGCACGAGCCUAAACCACCCUGGUUGUGUUGUCUCAUCAAAACGGGCCGUCAUCAAGCAUUUCGUCGGGCCUUAAACCCCCCUAAAAAGGGAAAACAGGCAACAUUUUUAUUUCUCCCAUGAUCUGAUCACACUUUCCGCCUUUAUGAACCAUGUGUGAGAACUGCGCCGAGCUGCUGGAGGUGCUCAAUGAGAUCUCUGAUUCAGACAGCUCAGAUGGCCUGCAGCUGAAGAAAGAACAUGCCUUAAGAGUAUUCACCUACAUCAGCACAUGGACACAGAGGCAGUGUCUGUGCUGUUUCAAAGAAUACAAACACCUUGAGGUGUUCAACCAGCUCGUCUAUGCCCUCAUUCACCUGGUUAUUGCUCAAGUGACCAACCUUAGGGACCGUCUACGUAGUAGCCAUGGCAACAGUAAGACUGAGGGAGCUGGAUCCGAAUGGAGCUCCGCCCAACCACAGCCGUCGCCUGGCGAGGAUGAGCCUUUGAAUGUGGAAAGGGACUCAGCUGAGGAGGAUGCUGGAACGGAGGAGAUAGAGCAGAACCAAAAGCAGGGAGUCAAAACGGAACCCAUACCACGGCCCGGUGAGCCCACGUCGGACGAGAGCGGGAACGAGAGCAGCAUGGACCUUUUUCUGUCCUGGAGCACGGAAGACCAGGAGAAACUGCUGCUGUGUGCUGCCAAGAUCUUUCAGAUUCAGUUCCCCCUGUACACAGCCUACAAACACAACACACAUCCCACUAUAGAGGAUAUCUCGGCACAAGAGAGCAAUAUUCUCGGCUCUUUCUGUGAUAUGAAUGAUGUGGAGGUCCCUCUGCACCUGCUGCGAUAUGUGUGUAUGUUUUGUGGGAAGCACGGCCUCUCUUUGAUGAAAGACUGUUUCGAGUUUGGUGCUCCAGAUACUCUCCCGUUCCCCAUCGCACAUGCCUUCAUCACCAUCGUCUCUAACAUCAGAAUAUGGUUGCACAUUCCGGCUGUGAUGCAGCACAUCAUCCCUUUUCGCACUUAUGUUAUCAGAUAUCUGUGUAAGUUGUCGGAUCAGGAGUUGCGUCAAAGCGCAGCGAGGAAUAUGGCCGAUCUGAUGUGGAGCACGGUGAAGGAACCGUUGGACAGCGCGCUGUGUUUCGACAGGGAGAGUUUGGAUCUGGCUUUCAAGUACUUCAUGAGUCCGACGCUCACCAUGAGACUCGCCGGACUCAGCCAGAUCACGAAUCAGCUGCACACCUUCAACGACGUGUGUAACAACGAGUCGCUGGUGUCUGACACAGAGACGUCAAUAGCAAAGGAACUCGCCGACUGGCUUAUCAACAACAAUGUUGUCGAGCACAUAUUUGGACCAAAUUUGCACAUCGAGAUCAUUAAACAGUGCCAAGUUAUCCUGAACUUCCUGGCCGCAGAGGGCCGGUUGAGCACUCAACAUGUAGACUGUAUAUGGGCGGCCGCUCAGCUGAAGCACUGCAGUCGCUACAUCCAUGAUCUUUUUCCCUCACUGAUAAAAAAUCUGGACCCGGUUCCCCUGCGACACGUGCUCAGUCUGGUGUCCAGCUUACACCCCAGUGCGCACACGGAACAGACACUGUAUUUGGCGUCCAUGUUGAUCAAGGCCUUGUGGAAUAACGCCCUGGCAGCCAAAACUCAGCUGUCCAAACAAAGCUCCUUCGCCUCCCUGCUCAACACCAACAUUCCCAUGGGCAACAAGAAAGGUUCACCUGCUGGAAGCCCAGAGAGCAGUGACAACAGCGACACGCAUCACAGCGGAGGAAGUGACAUGGAGAUGGACGAGCCAAUCAUGAGCAGCGGUAAACGUGGACAGCAAAGGCUGUCAGACACUGAGGAGUCCCUACAGGGCAGCUCGGAUGAGACGGUCAACAGCGGAGAGGAGGGCAGCAGCAGCGGCCGCAGCGAAGCGUCCAGUAACGAGGCCGGAUCUAGCAGAGCCAGCCAAUCAGCAGGCAGCCCUGGGAGCGAGCUGCACUCCGACGACAUGGCCGACAGCGAGGCACUGAAAGAAGAUGAAGACGAAGAAGAGGAAGAUGAUGACGAGGAUGAUGAAGACGAUGAUGACGAUGAUGACGAUGACAGACCCAUCGUCGCUUCUGAAGGCAGCCCCCAGAAAGAAACCCGAGAUUCCAGAGAGGCUCCCACGUCGGAGCUACGCAAACGCAAAGCCGGAGAAGCUCUCGGAGAGGUCCAGGGUCCUCCGGAACGACCUGGAAUUCCGCCUGGCAUGGUGUCGGGUCCUGGACACUCCAAACCCAAGUCUAUCCCAUUCACCCCAGAGGCGGCUGCUGCCAUGAUAGCCACAUCGUCCUCUUCUCUGCGAAUUCUAGAACCUUGCUCCUCUUCGUCCAUGUGCCUGGAGGGGACGUCCGGAGAGCAGGCCGAUCCUUCUUCACAUUCCCAGAAUCCUCAGCAGCCACAGCAGGAGAUGGGUGUCUCCCAGGAGCCUCCCUGUUUGCCUCGAGCGUCUGACUUCCUUACAGAGGCCAUGAGCAAUGAACUCUUCAACUGCAGACGUUUCAUCAGCCCACAGCAUCAUCACCAUCAUCACCACCAUCAUCACCACCAGCAUGAUGGUCAUAUGGUGGAGGACAUGCUGAGUGCAGAUGACGUAAGCUGUAGCAGUUCCCAGGUCAGUGCCAAGUCAGAGAAGAACAUGGCGGAUUUCGACGGCGAGGAAUCUGGAUGCGAGGAAGAGCUGGUUCAGAUCAAUUCACACGCGGAGCUCAGCUCACACCUGCAGCAGCACCUUCCCAACCUGGCCUCCAUAUACCACGAACACCUGGUGCAAGGUCCAGCGGUGCACAAGCAUCAGUAUUCCACCCAUGCGGUGACCGACAUCAACUUGGACAAUGUCUGCAAAAAAGGAAACACUCUCCUGUGGGACCUGGUCCAAGACGACAAUGCGAUCCACCUAUCAGAGGGCUUGAUCAAUGAAGCCGAGAAGCUGCUGUGUUCUCUUGUCUGCUGGUUUACUGACCGUCAGAUCCGCAUGCGUUUCAUCGAGGGAUGUCUGGAGAACCUCGCCAACCACCGGUCUGUGGUGGUGUCCCUGCGUUUGCUGCCAAAGCUCUUCGGAACCUUUCAGCAGUUUGGCUCCAGCUACGACACUCAUUGGAUAACCAUGUGGGCGGAGAAGGAACUUCACAUGAUGAAGCUUUUCUUCGAUAAUCUGUUACACUAUAUCCAGGAAGUGAGAGAGCAACGCCACAAAUUCGCUCUGUACAGUCACAGUGCAGAGGUGCAGGUGCGUCUUCAGUUUCUCACCUGUGUGUUCUCUACGCUCGGAUCACCUGACCACUUCAGAUUGAGUCUGGAGCAGGUGGAUAUCCUCUGGCACUGUUUAGUUGAGGACUCUGAGUGUUACGAUGACGCCUUGCACUGGUUUUUGAAUCAGGUCCGCAGUAAAGACCAGCACGCCAUGGGCAUGGAGACCUACAAACAUCUGUUCCUGGAGAAGAUGCCUCAGCUGAAGCCCGAGACCAUCAGCAUGACGGGACUCAAUUUGUUUCAGCAUCUGUGUAAUCUGGCUCGACUUGCCACCAGCGCUUACGACAGCAGCUCCAACUGCGAGGUUGGAUCAAUUUACCCCAUCUUUCACAGCUUGUGUGGUAUGGAUCAGCUCUGGGGAAUCGCAUUGAGGGCUCAGUCCGCCGACAUCAGCCGAGCUGCCAUCCAAUAUAUCAACUCUUAUUACAUCAGCGGUAAAACGGGUCUAGAAAAGGAGCAGGAGUUUAUCAGUAAGUGCAUGGAGAGUUUGAUGAUGGCAUCUGCUAACCUGGAGAAAGAUGCUCACUCCAGCCUUACUAUCAUUGAGAGAGGACUAUUGCUCCUCAAAACACACCUGGAGGCAUUCAGACGCAGGUUUGCGUAUCAUUUGAGGCAGUGGCAGAUCGAGGGCACAGGCAUCAGCAGUCAUUUGAAAGCUCUCAGCGAUAAACAGUCUCUCCCGCUCCGAAUCGUCUGUCAGCCCGCGGGACUGCCAGACAAGAUGACCAUCGAGAUGUACCCAAGCGAUCAGGUGGCUGAUCUGAGGGCAGAGGUCACUCACUGGUACGAGAACCUUCAGAAGGAUCAGCUCAGCCAACAGGCGCAGCUGCAGGAGUUCGGCCAGACCAGCCGUCAACAGGAUUUCCCAGGGGGGCUGAUGGGUCCGGUGCGCAUGAUCUCAUCUGGACACGAGCUGACCACUGACUACGAUGAGAAGACUCUUCAUGAGCUCGGCUUUAAAGACAUGCAGAUGGUGUUCGUGUCUCUGGGCGCUCCUCGGAGAGAGAGGAAGGGAGAGGGGGUUCAGCUGCCGGCCUCGUGUUUGCCGCCGCCUCAGAAGGAGCACAUCCCGAUGUUGCUUCUCCUGCAGGAGCCACAUCUCACCACGCUCUUCGACCUGCUGGAGAUGCUGGCCUGCUUCAAACCUCCAGGUCCGGACAGACCCCAGCACAGCACUGAGAGCGUUCGCUGCGAGGAGCUUCACCUCCACGCUGAGAACCUAUCUCGUCGCGUUUGGGAGCUGCUCAUGCUGCUGCCUACGUGUCCCAGCAUGCUCCAGGCCUUCCAGAACAUCUCGGAUGAAGCGGGAUCUGACGGUUUGUGCUGGAAGGAUCUUCUGAGAAUCAAGAGCGCACAUAAGCUGCUUUACGCUCUAGAAAUCAUUGAGGCUCUCGGCAAACCAAACCGCAGGAUUCACCGCGAGUCCACGGGAAGUUACAGUGAUCUGUAUCCAGACUCGGAUGACUCCAGCGAGGAACAGAUCGAGAACAGCAAGAACACGUGGAGCUGCAAGUUUGUGUCAUCUGGAGGUCUUCAGCUUCUGCUGGAGAUUUUUAGCUCCGGGAUCUUAGAGCCGAAAGAACAGGAAUUCUGGACGGUUUGGCUGUUGGACUGUCUUGCGUGUCUUCUGAAGCUGAUCUGUCAGUUUGCUGUGGACCCGGCCGAUCUGGACUUGGCCUAUCACGACGUCUUCUCCUGGUCCGGUCUCACGGACACACAGAGGAAGAGGGCGUGGCCCGGGAAGUCUCGCAAAACCGCCGUGGAUCAUGGCAAGAACCUGCACAUACCCCGUCUUACAGAGGUGUUCCUGAGUCUCGUUCAAGGCAUCAACCUCAUCCAGAGGCUCAUUAACAUGGCGUACACGUAUGACAAUCUGGCACACAGGGUUCUCAAGGCCCAAUCUGAUCACAGGUCCAGACACGAGGUGACUCAUUACUCAAUGUGGCUGCUGGUUAGUUGGGCUCACUGCAGCUCUCUGGUUAAGUCCAGCCUGGCAGACAGUGAACAUCUACACGACUGGCUGAAGAAACUCACGCUUCUCAUACCUGAGACGGCGGUACGUCAGGAGGCGUGCAGCGGUCUAUAUAAGCUCUCUAUGUCCGGACUCGAGGGCGGAGAAACCAUCAACAGAUCCUUCCUGCUUCUCGCUGCAUCUACGCUGCUGAAAUUCUUACCAGACGCUCAAGCCCUUAAACCGCUCGGAGUGGAGGACUUUGAAGAGGAGGCGAUGUUCCGCACGGGCUGUAAAGAAUACUUCUGGCUGCUCUGUAAACUCAUCGACAACAUCCACGUGAAAGACGCCAGUCAGAGCACCCUGCUGGACCUGGACGCGCUGGCUAGACACCUCGCUGACUGCAUCCGCAGUCGUGAGAUUUUGGACCAGCAAGACGGGGCCAUUGAGGACGACGGUCUCACGGGUCUCCUGCGCUUGGCCACCAGCGUCCUGAAGCACAAACCUCCAUUUAAGUUCUCACGGGAGGGGCAAGAGUUCCUGAGGGACACGUACGACCUGCUCUUCCUUUUGCCCAGCCUGAAGGACCGACAGCAGCCCAAAUGCAAGAGUCCGGCGGCCCGCGCCGCAGCGUACGACUUGCUCGUGGAGGUGGUGAAGGGCUCGGUGGAGAACUACAGGCUGCUGCAUAACUGGGUCAUGUCUCAACACAUGCAGGCGUCUCACGCUCCGUAUAAGUGGGAUUACUGGCCACACGAUGAUGUCAGGGCCGAGUGUCGAUUCGUGGGACUUACCAACCUGGGUGCCACCUGUUACCUGGCAUCUACCAUCCAACAACUUUAUAUGAUACCAGAAGCCAGACAGGCGGUCUUUACCGCCAAAUAUUCAGAGGAUAUAAAGCAUAAGACCACGCUGCUGGAGCUGCAGAAAAUGUUUACUUAUCUCAUGGAAAGCGAGAGGAAAGCGUACAACCCUCGUCCGUUCUGUAAGACCUACACCAUGGACAAACAGCCGCUGAACACAGGAGAACAGAAAGACAUGACAGAGUUCUUCACAGAUCUCAUCACCAAGAUAGAAGAGAUGUCUCAGGACCUGAAAAACACAGUCAAAACACUGUUUGGAGGCGUCAUCACCAACAACGUGGUUUCACUGGACUGUGAUCAUGUGAGUCAGACGGCUGAGGAGUUUUACACAGUGAGAUGUCAAGUGGCUGAUAUGAAGAACAUCUAUGAGUCUCUGGAUGAGGUCACCAUUAAAGACACAUUGGAGGGUGAUAACAUGUACACCUGCUCUCAGUGUGGAAAGAAAGUACGCGCUGAGAAAAGGGCAUGUUUUAAAAAGCUUCCCCGGAUAUUGAGCUUCAACACCAUGCGUUACACAUUCAACAUGGUCACCAUGAUGAAAGAAAAAGUCAACACACACUUUUCGUUCCCUCUGAGACUCGACAUGACGCUCUACACAGAGGACUUCCUCAUGGCCAAGGGCGACAGGAAAGAAGGUUUCCGUGAAGAAAGCGAUGCGAAGCCAGCUGAGAGCUAUGAGUAUGACCUUAUCGGAGUGACUGUGCACACGGGAACGGCGGAUGGUGGCCAUUAUUAUAGUUUCAUCAGAGACAUUGUGAACCCGCAUGCUUACCGCAACAACAAAUGGUACCUGUUUAAUGACGCUGAGGUGAAACCGUUCGAUUCGGCACAGUUGGCAUCGGAGUGUUUCGGUGGAGAAAUGACAACCAAAACGUACGACUCUGUCACCGAUAAGUUUAUGGAUUUCUCCUUUGAAAAGACCCACAGUGCCUACAUGCUGUUCUAUAAGAGAGUGGAGGUGGAGGAGGAAAACGGGAAAGACUUUAACUUUGAUGUCUCUCCCGACCUUCUGGAGUGGAUCUGGCACGACAACAUGCAGUUCCUUCAAGACAAGAACAUCUUCGAACACACAUACUUUGGUUUCAUGUGGCAGCUGUGCAGCAGUAUUCCCAGCACUUUACCGGACCCUAAAUCCAUUUCCCUCAUGACUGCUAAGCUCAGCACAUCAUUUGUUCUGGAAACGUUUAUUCACUCCAAAGAAAAGCCCACAAUGCUGCAGUGGAUCGAACUUUUGACCAAACAGUUCAACAACAGUCAAGCUGCUUGCGAGUGGUUUUUGGAUCAGAUGGCAGAUGACAACUGGUGGCCCAUGCAGAUUCUCAUCAAGUGCCCCAAUCAGAUCGUCCGGCAGAUGUUCCAGAGGUUGUGUAUCCAUGUGAUUCAGAGACUGAGGCCGGUCCACGCUCACCUGUACCUGCAGCCGGGCAUGGAGGACGGGUCUGAUGACAUGGAUGGGCCGGUGGAGGACAUCGGCAGUCGUUCCUGUGUGACGCGAUUCGUCAAAACGCUGCUGUCGAUCAUGGAACACGGAGUGAAGCCUCACAGCAAACAUCUCACAGAGUAUUUCGCCUUCCUCUACGAGUUUGCCAAAAUGGGCGAAGAGGAGAGCCAGUUCCUGUUGUCUUUGCAAGCCAUUUCUAUAAUGGUGCAUUUCUAUAUGGGCACUAAAGGACCUGAAAACCCUCAGGUGGAGGUGUUAUCCGAAGAAGAGGAGGGUGAGGAAGAUGAAGAGGAGGACAUCCUCUCGCUGGCGGAGGAGAAGUACCGUCCGGCCGCUCUGGAGAAGAUGAUCGCCCUCAUAGCUCUGCUGGUUGAGCAGUCCAGAUCUGAGAGACACUUGACCUUGUCUCAGAGUGACAUGGCUGCCCUGACUGGAGGAAAAGGUUUCCCCUUCCUGUUUCAGCAUAUCAGGGACAGUAUCAACAUCAGACAGACGUGCAACCUCAUAUUCAGCCUCUGUAGAUACAACAACCGCCUGGCAGAACAUAUCGUGUCAAUGCUGUUCACCUCCAUAGCCAAACUGACACCAGAAGCAGCGAAUCCCUUCUUCAAACUGUUGACGAUGUUGAUGGAGUUUGCAGCCGGUCCUCCUGGAAUGCCUUCGUUUGCCUCCUACAUCCUGCAGAGGAUCUGGGAGGUUAUAGAGUACAACCCAUCUCAGUGUCUGGACUGGUUGGCGGUUCAGACUCCCCGUAAUAAGCUGGCUCACAGCUGGGUGCUGCAAAACAUGGAGAACUGGGUGGAGAGAUUUCUGCUGGCUCACAACUACCCGCGUGUCCGAACCUCUGCGGCGUAUCUUCUGGUGUCCCUCAUCCCGAGUAACUCCUUCCGUCAGAUGUUCCGCUCCACGCGUUCUCUUCACAUCCCGACGCGUGACCUUCCGCUGAGUCCCGACACGACGGUCGUUCUGCAUCAGGUGUACAACCUGCUGCUGGGUUUGCUCGCCCGCGCCAAACUCUACGUGGACGUGCCGGUGCACGGCACCACCAAACUGGUCCAGUAUUUCAGCUUCAUGACCUACUGUCUCAUCUCCAAGACAGAGAAGCUCAUGUUCUCCAGUUACUUCAUGGACCUUUGGAACCUCUUCCAGCCCAAGUUGUCAGAGCCGGCGAUCGCCACGAACCACAACAAACAGGCCCUUCUGUCCUUCUGGUAUAAUGUCUGCAUGGACUGCAGCGAUAACGUGCGGCUUAUUGUCCAGAACCCUGUCGUCACCAAAAACAUCGCCUUCAACUACAUCCUGGCCGAUCACGACGAUCAGGAGGUGGUGCUAUUCAACCGCGGCAUGCUUCCGGCGUACUACGCCAUCUUGCGCAUGUGCUGCGAGCAGUCGCCCGCCUUCACCCGCCAGCUGGCGUCCCACCAGAACAUCCAAUGGGCGUUUAAAAACCUCACGCCUCACGCAAGCCAGUACCCUGGGGCGGUGGAGGAGCUGUUUAACCUCAUGCAGCUGUUCGUGGCUCAGAGGCCUGACAUGAGAGAGGAAGAGCUGGAGGAUGUCAAGCAGUUUAAGAAGACCACAAUCAGCUGUUACCUGCGCUGUCUGGAUGGCCGUUCCUGUUGGACUACGCUCAUCAGUGCCUUCCGUAUAUUGUUGGAGAACGAUGAGGACCGAUUACUGGUGGUUUUUAACCGAGGAAUGAUUCUCAUGACUGAGUCGUUCAACACUCUGCACAUGAUGUACCAUGAGGCCACAGCUUGUCAUGUGACAGGUGACCUUGUGGAGCUGCUAUCCAUCUUCCUCUCUGUUUUAAAGGCCACGCGACCCUACUUGCAGCGCAAAGAUGUAAAGCAGGCUUUGAUCCAAUGGCAGGAGAGAAUCGAUUUUGCUCAUAAGCUGCUAACGCUGCUAAACUCCUAUAGUCCUCCUGAACUGCGCAACGCCUGUCUGGAUGUUCUGAAGGAGCUGGUCCUCUUGAGUCCUCAUGACUUCCUGCACACGCUAGUACCCUUCCUGCAGCACAACCACUGCACAUAUCACCACAGCAACAUUCCCAUGUCAUUUGGGCCGUAUCUGCCCUGUAGAGAAAACAUCAAACUGAUGGGAGGAAAGAACAACAUCCGACCUCCUCGACCCGAGCUCAACAUGUGCCUGCUGCCCUCCAUGGUGGAAACCAGCAAGGGCAAGGACGAGGUGUAUGACAGGAUGUUGUUGGACUACUUCCUGUCAUACCAUCAGUUUAUUCACCUGCUCUGUAGAGUCGCAAUCAACUGCGAGAAAUUCACAGAGACGCUAAUCAAACUCAGUGUGUUGAUAGCUUAUGAAGGACUUCCUCUGCACUUGGCUCUCUUUCCAAAACUGUGGACAGAACUUGCGCAAUCUCAGUGUGCGAUGGCGCAGUCAUGUGUGAAGCUGUUGUGUGAAGAUCCAGCUUUCGGAGAGUACAUGAAAUGCAUCCUGAUGGACGAGAGGUCUUUCCUCAACAACAAUGUCGCCUACUCCUUCCUCACUUGCUUCUUACACAAGGUGCAGGUCCAAGUGUUAUCAGGCCAAAGCUGUUCCAAUCUCAUCAACGUGUUGGUGACCAACCUUCUGAACGAAUACCACAGCCUGCAGCCUGAACUGACCAAUCAGAGAUCAGAACUCGGCAAAACCAGCGGCCUCCUCAAUGCAGACCUGCGGGCGCUGGUGUUGAUUCUCUCGGUUUACACUCCUCAGCAGUUAGAACCGGCUUUGGGUCCGGCGUUACAGGAGCUGCUGUCCAAAUGCAAACUGUGUCUGCAGCAUCGAGCCACGUUAGAGAUUGAGGCAAAGGAACGAAAAGUCAAAGUGGAGGAAGAGGGUGUUACCCCUGUCAAGCGGAGGAGGGUUAGCAGCAGUGCCGACGAUCGUCCAUCAGAUGGCGGCGGCAGUGGCGCAGUUUGCCCUCCCUCGACCACUUCCUCAUUGGUUCCCUGCUCGGAGCAGAAGGCGGAGCCGGGCGAGGCGCUCACUCCGACUAGCACUUCAGACACAGAGACCCGAGACUCCUCCCUCAUAGACCCAGGAACGGAAAACGAGCCACCCUCUCCUGACAGCGCCUCCCUGGAGGAGAAAAAAAUGGACGUUUCUUCGUCAUCGUCGUCCUCUUCGUCGUCUUCGUCGUCCUCUCUUCCCGAAGCGUUUAGUCGGACAGGUGAACAUCAGCCACAGCGAAGAGAGGAAGAGGAGGAGGAAGGUAGAAGGAAGGAGACGCAAGAGCAAGAAGGAGAACCCGAAAGAGAGGAACUCCCCUCCUCUUCCGCUGAAUCGGCGCUGCUGCUCUCCAGCCUUCAGGAUGGUGCUGAGGGGCGAGGCUGUUCACUCCAGGAGGCGGAGUCGGGAGGAUGCGGACACGCCCUCUCACAGGGAACGUUUAAUUCCGCAGCGCAGCAGCAGGAUGCUUUGGAAACGCUUUGUCGCACUGUCGAGUCCACUAUCGGCGUGGUUGCCAAACUGUUGAAUGGUGGGAAAGGAGGGGCACGCCCCUCGGCUUUGUGAUGUCAUUUUGGUGUUUCCUCUUUUUUCUUUGUUUUAAGAAAAAUUUGAGACAGGUUAUUUUUGCCCUUUGCCCUCACUCAUCAGCUGUUUUCCCGUCACCGUGUUGCUAUGAAUGUUAGUGGUUAGCACGGUAACUUAACUCAAAUAGCGCAAAGGGCAUUUUUUUCUUUUAAACAUUUUUUUCCGUUUUUGAAGUGGUUUGUUUUUGAAGCUGCAGUGAAACAGGGAAAAGGUUUACAAUGUUUUAGUCCCGUCAGUGCAUAAUUUAAUUUGCGAUUUUAUUCACGUGUAUUAUUGAUCGUCUUCUGUGCCAGUUUUGUACUCGCAGAUGUUUUUUUCUCUGUGGUGAAUAUCAAAAACUAUGUUUACUUGUGCAUUGAAACGAAGAAAGAACCACAAAAACAUUGAUUCUGUAAAGAAUCUUCUAAAUGUUGCCUGGCUUUGUAAAUGAGAUGGUAAAAUAUAUAUAUAUAUAUAUAUAUAUAUAUAUAUAUAUAUAUAUAUAUAUAUAUAUAUAUAUAUAUAUAUAUAUUUCUGUAAGAUAUAUGUAUACAGUAUAUAUCCAAAGGAGCGCUGUAUACUGUAUAUGUAAAUCUCUUGUACUGUAUAUAUACCUAUGUUGUGUAUAUAGAAACUUAAGGUGCUUUUUUGUUCAGGCAGAGAACAUUUCUGGCCUGGAUAUUGCACAUUUGCUGGAACAGUUGGAGCUCUAUUUUAUUUACCAAAAUACAUUCCAUAAUCUAUUGGAUGUCAUUCUUGCGUUCUAUGUAUUUGAGUUUCUUUCUGUUUUGAUUUAUUUUAAUAUAGGAUAUAACUUAAUAAAAUUUUAAUAUGAUUUAAUUAUGAA